UUUCUAGAAAGGAACCGAAGUGACGUAGCCGCGAAAGACAGCGGUGCCCGAGUACAUUCCGAGCAAGUUAAGAAAGGAAACCUUCCAUAUUUUCGCUUUUCAUUUUAACAUAUUUUCAUAGUUGUUAUUUAGGAAUAUAGCAUACUUAAGUUUCGACAGUUAAAACUACGUGAGCAGCUAUGGACCUCAGCGAACAGAUUAGUCAAUUAGAGAGUGACCUGCAGGAAAUAAAUUUUUUGCUGGAGAAAUCUGACAGAAAGCGCGUUCAAGACGUUCUGACGCAAGAAAAGAAAAAGGUCGAAAGGGAGAUCGCGCUCAAACAGCAGCAGAAGGACCAGCUUGCAAAUAAGGAGGCAGGCGAUUGUGUGCAGUCGUCUGUUUCCAAGGGUUACACCGUUAAAAUAAGCAACUAUGGGUGGGACCAGUCAGACAAAUUUGUCAAAAUCUACAUCACCCUGAAAGGAGUCCAUAAAAUUGCUGCUGAGAAUGUGCAGACUAGCUUUACAGAAAGGUCUUUUUCUGUGUUUGUGAAGGACCUGGAUGGAAAGAACCACCAAAUGGUUGUAAAGAACCUCCUGUGUCCUAUCGAUGUCCAGGAGAGCUGUCAAAAGAUGAAGACGGACAUGGUCUUGGUUAUGUGCAAGAAAAAGACCCAGAAGAAAUGGGAGUGCCUGACCCAGGUGGAGAAGCUGACUAAAGAAAAAGAGAAGCCCAGCCACGAGGAGAACGCCGACCCCAGCGACGGGCUGAUGAGCAUGCUGAAGAAGAUCUACAGCGAGGGGGACGACGAAAUGAAGCGCACCAUCAACAAGGCCUGGAGCGAGUCGCAGGAGAAGAAGUCCAAAGGCCUGGACAUGGACUUCUGAGCCCCAUCCCAGCAGCAGACCUUAUCAGUCCGACCAACUACAGCCUUCUGUUCAUAGUUUUUUUUUCUUCAUUUUUAUUAUUGCAUACCAUUGAUUUUUUUUUUUUUUUUUAAUGUGGUUUAUUAAAAUUUUUCUUUAAUGUCCGGUGAAUUUGUCUGUUGGACAGUGUGGACAGGUGUUGUCGAAAACAGACUUGAGAUGUUCUUUCGCUGACAUUCUCUUGUCGGGAUUUCCGAGCAAAAGCUGAAUGAGGCCGUCAUAACGUUGAGUUUCUGAAGGCGACUCCCGAGUCAUUGUUUCAGUUCGUAAACCCAAGUCGCAGUGGCAAGCCGUAGAGCAGCACAUUCACUGGAGGUGAUAAAUGCAGUGCAGAGUGAUGCUCUCGUGUGUGUUUAAGCAGAUGCUGAUGAAUUUAACUGGACUUGCUGCUCCUUUUUUGUUUUGACAGACUUUAUAUUUGUAUUUGCACUAUUUGAACAUUGAGACAUCUCUCCUAAUAAAGUUCUUAAUUUGGCUUUGAGUGUA